AGCGGGCCCCAAAGAUUCCAGGUUUAGACACGCGGACGGUGGAUGUGUGCCGGGCAGUCCUCUUCUCCCCCGCUAUAUAACCAUAGCUACGGGUGCCUCCCCUUCCAUCCAAUCAAAUCUCCUCCCAAUUCCCAUCUCUCCUUUCUGAUCAUAAAAAUCAAGUUCAAUAAUUCAACGCAAAAAAUGUCGUCUUGCUGCGGAGGAAAGUGCGGAUGCGGGUCUGGCUGCUCCUGCGGCGGGGGCUGCUCCGGGCAAGCUUCCCAUAUCCAUAUAUCUCUCUCGUUUAUUCUGUGCAAGAUGUACCCAGAUUUGAUCGAGGCUUCGCCCAAAACAGGGGCUCUGGUUCUCGGCGUUGCGCCCACCCAGAAAUUCGGGGCGGAGGGAACGGCGGCCGGGGAGGGCUGCAAAUGCGGCGACGACUGCAAGUGCAACCCCUGCAAUUGCAAAUGAGACCGGUGCGGAGCUGAUCGAACUUUGUAUUCUGUCUGUGUGUGGUUAUGUAUCAUCGUUUUAAUAAGGCUGUAACGAAGUUUGUGUAGAAUUUCUGUAUUUGUUAGUAAUAAUGUGAAGUGGAUGAUGAUCUGCGACUGAAUUCCCAUUUGGGUUGGAUCCAUGUGGUUGGUUGGUGUUUGGGUGGGGUAGAAAUGAAGAAGUAAAAAGACGUUUGUACAAGCCAUUGGUUCUCUACAUACAAUCUUAUCCUUUGGGUGUUUCCU